UGCUUUCACAACCCGUAGUUGGUUUGAACUAACCCGGAAAUGGAGACUGUUUCUCCUGAACGGAGAGCAUCCUUCUUCGAACUGAUGUAAACAAAUGUAGCCGUGGUGGUGAAUAUGCCUCAAAAUACAUGUUUUUUGUAAAAUUAGGGCACUCUGUCUUGCUAUGAAGUUGAGAGACAUUCAUUACAACAAACAUUUAACUAACGUUAGAUAGCAUAGCUUAGCACAUCUUUGUAAAGCAAGAGUCAAGGGAUUAAUUCAAACGCUGCUGUCAAGAAAACUGUUUAUCCUUUUAAUGGCAUAGCAGUAGGCUAGCUAACCAGUUAGUAAAAUGAAGGUUCGUUCCUCCAUUUUUGCCUCUUUGUGUCUCAUACUCGAAGUAUUAGGGAUUGCAUUGUUUUUAAGGGGAUUUUUUCCAGUCCCAAUCAAAUCAUCAUUUUCAUCGAAGAGCAAGCUGUCAGAUCUUCCGGCUGAACCAUUUACAGGCAGUUCUCCAAAUUCGUCCAAACUUCCAGACCCUCUUUUUAAAAGAGUAGUGAUAAUGUUGAUCGAUGCUCUCAGGGAGGACUUUGUGUUUGGUUCUAAUGGGAGGAAUGACAUGCCCUACACAAGGCACCUAGUGGAGAGGGGUUCUACACACAGCUUUGUGGCCAAGGCAAGAGCUCCUACAGUUACAAUGCCAAGAAUCAAGGCCUUGACAACGGGUAGUAUACCAGGCUUCAUUGAUGUGGUAAUGAACCUAAACUCCCCAGCAUUGCUGGAGGACAACCUCAUCUGGCAGGCCAAAGCAGCAGGCAAGCGGAUGGUAUUCUAUGGGGACGACACUUGGAUAAAGCUCUUCCCCAAACAUUUCAUGGAGUACGACGGCACCACCUCAUUCUUCGUGUCAGACUACACUGAGGUGGACAAUAAUGUAACACGUCAUCUGGAUAGCACAUUGAGGAGAGACGACUGGGACAUUCUGAUCCUGCACUUCCUGGGUCUGGACCAUAUCGGCCACAUUAGUGGCCCACACAGCUCCCUCAUCCAACCCAAACUAUUGGAGAUGGAUGACAUCCUCAAAAAGAUUCAUGGCUCCCUCAUCUUAAAGGAAGCCGAGGGGACGCUGCCCUACCUGUUGGUGCUGUGUGGGGACCACGGGAUGUCUGAGACUGGAAGUCAUGGGGGAUCGUCUGAACACGAGGUCAACACCCCACUGGUGCUCAUCAGCCCUGCCUUCAAGAGGAAAGCGGGCAUGGAGAAGCCGUCGACAGUGGAGCAGGUUGACCUGGCCCCGACCCUGGCCCUCGGACUGGGCCUGCCCAUCUCCCAGAACAGCGUGGGCCGCCUCAUCCAGCCCGUGGCAGAGGAGGCCUCGCUCAGGGAUCAGCUGCGCUUCCUCCACGUCAAUGGGCACCAGCUCGGCUGCCUCCUGAAGGACAGCACGCCAGCCUACGAGAAAGAGGUGGGCUACGAGCAGUUCCGCGUGGCUGAGAAGUCCCAUGGCAAUUGGCUGAAGCUGAUGGUGGAGGGCAACACGUCCGAGGUGCUGACCAACAUGGGGAAGAAGGUUCUCAAACAGUAUCUGGAGGCCCUCAGGGCCAUGAGCGCCGCACUAAGCAAGCAGCUGGGCCGCUACGACAUGUACUCCAUGGUGGUGGGCAUGGUCCUCGUCUUCCAGCUCCUUCUCCUCCUGCUGCUGGCCAUGCCAGAGGCACUGAGCAGCGCCUCCCUGGUGGAUCUCCCAGUGUCCUCAGCGCUUCUCUCGCUGCCCUUCUAUCUACUUUGCCUGCUCCUCUCCUCCGUGCACGUGCUGGUGUGCACGUCGGCUGAGAGCUCCUGCUACUUCUGCAGCCUCUCGUGGGGCCUAGUGUUCGGGGUGGUGGCCCUCUCCUCAGCCCUGCUCUGCAUUCUGGUAGCCAUGGGAGCCAGGAGGCUGUCCCUGGGUUCAAUGUCCUCUGGCAAGUCUCCUGCCCGGGGCGGCGGUGGGUGGUCCCUGUCGGAGCUGGACAUUCUACUCCUGGUGGGCACGGCUGGCCACACCCUGAGCCUGGCAGCCAGCAGCUUUGUGGAGGAAGAGCACCAGGUCUGGUACUUCCUGCUCAACACUCUCUGCCUGGCCGUGUUCCAGGACGUCUGCCGCAAGUACUUCCGUGAGCGCCGCGCCAACGCCGGACAGGUUGGGAGCUUGGAGGACGAAGACCAGGAUGAGAUGGCCUCGCCGUUGGCCGAUUUGGGGGUGACGGACAUGGGUUCGGAGAGGUGGCUGGCCCUUGUGACCCCGCUGUUCACCCUGGUGUGCUGUCGUCUGCUGCGCUCGUUCAACCAGACCGGGGUCCAGUGGGCUCACCUGCCAGACCUGGGACACUGGCUCAACAGCUCAGAACACAAGGUGGUGCUGUCAGUGGUGACCACAAUGUCACUGAUUCUUAUCUACUUCCUGGUCCAGCGCCGAUGUUCCUGGGUGUCCAAGAUUGCUCUGGCCCUUGGCCUUCUUGGUGUCUUCAGCUACAGGGCAGCAGUUGGCAAUGUCAUGUUCCCGUGGCAACAUGGCAGUCGAAACUUAUCCAAAGGAACGGUGGAGGCCCGCUUUGUGUACGUCUUCGUCCUGGGCAUCCUCUUCACAGGCUCCAAAGACUUGCUGAGGUCCCAAGUCAUCACAACGGACGCCCGGCUGAAGAGCAGGGGCUUGUGGGAAAUCUACAGCGGUGUGGUUCUGUUGGUUUCCCUGUUGUUCCGAGCUCACAACUUGCCAGUGUUGUGCUGCUGCCUACUGGUACAGACCCUGAUGGCCCAGUUUAUAUGGAAGAAGCUCCACUACGACGCGGCCCAAACCACUAUCAUGCACUACUGGUUCGGGCAGGCCUUCUUCUACUUUCAGGGGAACUCGAACAGCAUAGCCACUGUGGACAUCUCCGUGGGCUUCGUGGGACUGGAGACCUACGUUGAGUCCCUGGCUGUCUUCCUCACAGCCCUCAGCACGUACGCUGGGCCACUGCUCUGGGCCGCCCAUUUGGUCUGCUACCUCAGCUCAGAGAACAGGAGCUCCGUGGCAGUUGGCCAUGGCUGCUACUGCCUCGCACUGCUUCGCUCGGUGCCAAUGGCGGCCUACGUGGUCCUGGUCACAGCCCUGCGCUACCACCUCUUCAUCUGGAGCGUCUUCUCUCCCAAGUUGAUGUACGAGUCCAUGCACACGCUGCUCACCGCUGCCAUUUGCCUGUUUUUCACCACCAUGGAGCAGAGCCGUAGCUCCAGCCGGCUCUAAGGGGUCCAUGCCUCCCAGCUCUCGGAUUCCAGGAAGAAGGGGUAAAAAAGCAGUCAGAGAGAAAAGACAUGUGACCGAUGUGUCUUGGUGGGUGUGUUUUGGGUGUGAUACUACAACUCAAAGGAGUAUGGCUAAACGGAAUGUCCCUUCCACUGGACUACUGCUGUAGGACUGCAGCAUUUACCUUUUGGAAAGCAAUGUGUUGGUGGUGGUGGUGAGGAGGAGGAGGUUGGUUCUAUAGAUGUUUGUUGUUGAUCUACUAGGUUGAUUGUCUUGAGCAGGGCCAAAAAUGAAAUUUACAUUUGUGAAUGAUUUAAUUUGAACCCAUAAAAUGCAAUCGUCAAUAUAUUGUAUAAGUACCCUAAUUGUAUUUGUUUUUUAUUUAUUUAUUUCUUCAUUUGUUGAGUAGUAAGUUGUCUAUUGACCUUUAUCUCUGCAGGGCUCUGGACUUUGUCCAUUCUUAUUAUUGUGUUCAGUAAUUUCUCCAUAUUCAGUAUACUAGCUGAGCAUACAUUCCCCAUGUAGAUUAUAUAGAUGUUUACAAAGCUGCUAGCAAACAAUGCUUCUCUCUCACUUUCUGUUAUAGGGUGCACAUAGGUUUUAAGAUGUUCAUGCCCUAAAGUAGUUUGCAUACUUUCAGUUUGAUAUGUCUUCUUGUGUUUUACUCUUGGGAAAUAUACUGAAAACCAGUCAAUGCUUUGUUAAUACAGUGGAUUAUUAAUAGAGAUUAAAAUUGAUUCACUGGGUGAAUGUCAUUAAUCAAAAGAGAAUCUGGAUUCACCCGCUGUGUGGGGACAAAGGUUUGUUCUCAUUGGGUUGCAGUCAAAUACACUCCCUGUCUCAAAGUGAAUCUUUGGAUUCAUUUUAUGUUUGAAGCAAUAUUUCUUUACUGCUCAUCGGUUUUCUAAUGUUAAAAGGAGUUUAUUCAAUCAACAAUUUGAUAGUUUACAACAUUACUUCUUCCAGACAUGUGAAAUCAAAGAUUUGCAUUUGUGAACCUUUGCUCUAACUCACUGAUUAAAUGUAAUGACAAAAUCAAUGUAGAAUUGCUUACUUAAUAAUACAAUUAAUAUUCAUUUAUUUUUAUGAAGAUAGCACCUAGGAAAAUGUCCUUGAGAAUACUGAACACAAUUCCAAUCCAUAAUGCAGUUCUUGUGACACACUAAUUUCCAAAGAAGUUGAACAGAUCUGUAUUCUGAUUAGGGGUUCUCAGUAUCCACAAAUAACAUUACUAUAUAUGUAGUUGUUUUCAAGUCUGGGAAAUAAAACUGUGAAAUUACAGAAAAAAAAUGUCUUCUAUAAAAUUAGAUUUUGUGUU